AUUGCAUGCAUGCUGUAGAAAGGUGCCUCCAAGCCUAGUGAGAUAUAAGUCGACCAGUAGUGUCUCACGGCCCAACUUACCAUUGACUGUCACUAUGGGUGCUACCUCAAGUUCUUUGCCUCCUGAUAACAAUGACAUUCAUGAACCUGUCCCACUCACGUCCGAAUCAUCGUUUGAAGAUACAUAUAUCUCUCCUGGGGGGUUCGAGACUCCGAAGUCUGAAAUGUCAGACACAGAGAUUGUACCGCAUGUCAAGCAGGAAACGCUCGACGAGAAACCGACGCACACCCAAGAGGAGCAUGAGGUUUCCAGGGACCCACUCGCCGUCGUUACAAUAACGAAUGUCAAGAACGGGGCAGCCAUAGAUAUAUCCGGUGGGGAUGGGAAGAGCAUCAUCGGGUUCCCAUUACAUGGCGGUGAAAACCAGCAGUGGAGGAUAGAUAAAAUGGGUGAAGGACACGCUAUUGUCAAUCCUCAUUCCGGCCAGUACCUCCAUCUAACGUUUGAGAAUGAUGGUAUCCGUUCGUCGGCGAGUUGUUUCCCAUUGACCUGGAGACUUCAGAAGCUUGGGGAAGUCGAUCAUAUAUACCAGGUGCUUUGGCAUAGCGGAGAGUUAGCUUUACACCUAGAAAAUGGGACUCCGGGUACCAGGGUUCAACUCAGGCCGACGAAUCCCGAAGAUGAAAGCCAAGUGUGGAAAUUGACACCUUGUGGCUCCAUUGUUGGAGAUGAAUCCAAGAAACUCCACCAGUCACUAUCUCCGCAAAUUGUUGACACUGUUAUAACUUUGGAUGGCGGUUCCAAGACAAUUCGAACCACCACGACUAUAACAACGGUCACCACUGUCACUGAGGCGCCUUGUGUGAAGUGCCUGUAAUUAUCAGAAAGACCUUGUAAUUUAAUAUCGCUCCGAGAACUACGAAGUACUUUGGGAUACACUUAGAGGUUUCAGAGUGUGAACUCGGCUUGGAUAAUUUCAAAAGACUGAGCAUGUUCGGGUUGAGAUUAUACCCGUUGAAGACUUCGUGAGUGGUGGUUGCAUACUGCACCAGGUAGUACGAAGGAAAGGUAACCAGACGGUAAUAAUUACUGCACUGUUUU